AUGAAGCCCGUCGUCUCCGCCUUGAACGCAUGGAGUUGCAUUGUCAUCUCUAUCUUCGCUAUCGUCCUUCUCUCCAUCAUUGGUUCCCUCUUCAAGUCCAACAGCCACACCAUGAUGGGAUCAACCGAGGAUCCCGAGGAUGGUAAGGCCGUUGCUGGCGCAGUUUUUGGUGCCGUGGCUGUCUAUGCGGCCUUCCUCAUAUUUUGCGGCAGCCAGGCGCUGCUGCACAUGCGCGAGCGCAGGCGUGGUGCCAUCCAGCUUUCGUAA